AUGGCUACUCCCUCUCGAGCCUCUACCCCCGUAUCAUCGGGCGGAUCUCCCGAACAACUCUCACCAAGAUCAAGAAUGCAAGCUCAACUCGCGGCUUGUGGGAGCAGCGAUGAAGAAGAAUCACCAUCGAAAAGAACUACAAAAAAUGCGUCAAUAAAACUCCUCGACCUACCACAACAAUCCACACAUCAUGAAGACGCGCCCGAUGAGUCGGAGGAGGAGAUGACUAGACCCCGAGGAAAGGUUGCGGCCAGAAUGCAAGGUACUACCCAACCAGCGCGGCUGGUAGAUGAUAGUUCCAACCAGAACACCACCGCUCGAGAUCGUGUAAAGCAGAGGUUCGAGCAAGAAGAGAAAGAGGUCACACAAGCGGGAGAAGAACACAAUGUCGACAUGCCUGAUGUUUCAUCAGAAGACGACACUCUUGUGGCACGCCGAAGACUAACCCGUAAGGCUCCUUCAUCACCAAUGGCUAGAAACACUUCGGAAAGCCCCGAGCGAGGACUCUUCGUGGAGCAAUCCCCUGUUCGCCCUUCACCAUCAAAGUCAACACAAAAUAACUCGGAUUCUGACGAGGGCUUACCCGCAAUCAAAUCCGAUAGGAUGACAGCACUGAUUGAGCGCCAACGGCAAAAGAAAAGCGCCGAAGAAUCAGCCAAAGAGGCGGAGCGCGCAGAAAAGCGUGCGAAGCAAGAGAAACUCGCCCAAGAGAUUGAGCAGAUGGCAUCGGAUGAUGAAGACUCCGGCAUAACUGAUGAUGAAGGUGGACAUCGCCUGACACAAACCGGGCGGCCCAGUGCCCGGAAAGCAAGCAAGAAAGCCAUCGAGGAAAUGAACCGAGAAACUCAGAGAAUGGCAAGAAACAUGCAGUUGAAGCACCAGGCGAAGACGAGAAAGAAGAUCUCAAAAAAUAGCUUGUUUGAGCGAUUCAACUUCAGACCAGCAGGUGAAACAGGCCCUAAGGGUGCCAGCUCGAGCAGGGGACCAACACCUCACAGCGACGUUGAAAUGCGGGACGUGGACACACCACCAAGUUCCCCCCCUGUGUCGAAGGAAACUGCCGAUGCCACCGAACCUGUCGCUCAAGACGACGACCUCGAUUUGCCAACCAUUGAUGAACUCGCCAAGACAACGAAACCCAAGCUUGACAAGGGCAAGGGAAAAGCUAUCGAGACAACGACCGAACAUGAGCAGCCAAUCCAAAAGCCCAAACGACAAUUUCGAGUCAAAUUCCCACCUGUUAGAGCCAACGUGACCAUGGUAGAUUCGGAUGACGAAUUGGAAAUUACGACAACCACAAAAGAUAAAAUCCGAGCUGUGUUCGACAUGGCACCCACCAAGAAAGCCCAAGAACACAGCUCGAUUCAGACCCUGCGCGCCCUUGCACAAGUCAAAUCUCCAGGUAAGGAGACUAGACGAAAGAACGAAAACCAUGUCAUGACGCCGGGCGAGCUGCAGAUGUACCUUCAGCAAAAGGCCCGACAGCAGGCCAAGGUGGAGCGUGACCGCAGACUGGAUAUGCUCAAAGCCCAAGGUGUAGUUAUCCAGACUGCCGAAGAGCGCGAGCGCGAGAUGCAGCAGGUCGACGACAUCGUUGCCAAGCAUAUGGAGGAGGCCCAGAGGAUCAUGCAGGAGGAACGGGAUGCUGCCAAGAAGGAGAAGAAAGAGAAUGGCGAAGUCGAUCCUCUGGCGUGGGAUGACAGCGACGACGAAGAGUAUCAGGCUUCUGCUGACGAAGAUGACGGCGAAGCAUCGGCAGUCGAAUUAUCUGGGUCAGAAGACGAGGAUGAUGAAGCAGACGAUAACCCCAUGGUUGAAGGAGAGGCUGAAGACGGAGAGUCUGAGGCUUCUGCUGACGAGGAGGACGAUGCAGCUCCUGUCGCUAGUCAAGAUGUUCAUGACGACGCCGACGAACUUCUAGUGGCGAGCAAGCGACGAAUCCGCAAGCCUAUCGUUCUUUCUGAUGACGAUGAAGAAGAGAACUCGGUUGAGAUGACACCCAAAUCGAAGCCACAAACCACCCUACACACCUCACCCAUGGUUCCAAACACUCAAUCUCCUACGGCGCCUAGAUCCGUACUCCGUUCAGCUAAAAAGAACUUUAUCCCUGGUCUUCCUGUACAGGGAGCGGCUGGCCUUGGGCUUACUCAGAUUUUUGCUGGUACCAUGGACGACAGCCAGGUAGAGGCGGAGAACGGUCCAACCCAGUCCAUGAUGCCUGACUUUGACCACUUUCCCGACUCCAACUUUUCUGCGACCAUGGACGAGCCCAUGGAAGACAUGGUCAUGGACAGUCAGAAGGACGACACCCAAAAGACAACCCAAGGCGUUCAUCUCAACUUUUCUCAGUCUCAGAUGCGAAGUCUUGAUAGCUUGCUGCGGGAGGAGAGCACACAAAUCUCCGACAUGAUCGACUUCACUCAGGAUGAGGGUCUCCAACACCAAACACCCUUGAAAAACAGAUUUAUCGAGGCGCCAGUUUCCACCGUGGAGACAAUGGCAGUCGACCAAGAGGACCCAAUGCAAGCUUCGCCGUUAGUCCGUCGUGGCCGCCUUCGUCGCAAAAUGGAUACGUCUGAGCGUAUUGAGGAGACCCCUGAGCCAACAGCCGCAGAGAAGCCUGGCACUGCCUUGGACAUGUUGAAGGAGGGGGCUAAGCAAGAAAAGAAGAAACGGGCUCAAGCAGAGUUUGAUCACAAGAAAAGCAAGGCCAAGGAGAUGGUUCAGGACCAGGCCGAGGAAUCCGAGGAUGAGUACGCUGGCCUGGGAGGCGCAGACGGCGAGGACAGUGACAACGAAUCUGUUACCUCGCUUAAAGAAAUUAUCGACGACACUGCCGGCAAUAACAUCGACAAAGCCAAGCUCGCUGCUUUCUAUGCUGAUCGAGAACGUGCCGAGGAUGCAAAGCAGGUCGAUAAGCUUUUUAAGGAUAUCACAACUGGUAUGCUUCGUCGCAAGCGCGGCGCUGGAUACGAUCUUGACGACUCAGACGAUGAUGGCGAAGCUCGUCGAAAGAUGAAGCGUCGACAAUUCGCCAAGAUGCAGCAGGCUUUGUUCGCUGAUGAACGGGUCAAGAAGAUUGCUGAAAAUCCGGGCAACCAGGCUUUCCUCAAAACCAUCGAGGACCGAGGUAGCGACGAUGAGAUGGACUUCUUGGAUGCACCUGAAGAGAUCAACGAGUCCUCGCAGUCCCAGGAUGGGGAAGGCAGUAAUACACAAACGGUUCCCGAUAGCCAACAUCAUAGGGUUCUUGGCCCUGCAGAUAAUCGGACACCUGCUCAUCUGCGUAGAACCAAGGAUGGCAAGAAGCCUUCCAACAUUGGCGAAGUGCGCGAAACUUUAUCUAGCUUGCUAGAGGAUCCCCACGGCUCUAUCAUUCCUGCCACGGAAGCCGGAUCAGACAGCGAGGGCGAAGAAGAAGUUCCUGGACAAGCUCGCAGUGAUAAGGAAAACGAUGGAUCCAACUCUCGCCGGGGCCGCGUUGUAGUUGUUGAUCGCAUCAGCCUAAAACGUAAUAACUCUUCCAACACCAGCACCAGUCGUCUUGCUUUCGCAACAGCAUCGAGCUCCUCCUUCAAGGUGCCGGCGCUCCUACGUCGUGCGACAACCAACUCAUAUGCCUCUGGCACAGCCUCCACCUCAAGUUCUGGUCCCUCAACACCAGCCAGCGGAUUCGGAGGAGAGGCCAAGAUUAAGAAGGGAGCUAGCAAGAAGAGUGGCGUGCAGGCCUUUGCGCGAGAUAGCGAGAGACGAGCGAAGCUCGAACAAAAUGAGCGAAGGAGAGAAGAGAGAAAGGUCAAGGGAGCUGAAAGAAGACUUGGAGUCGUGGGUGGUUUGUUGGGUAAGGGAUCGUUUGAGUAA